CAUGCUCUCAAGAGCAUGGAGAGCACUUGGAGGAUUUGCGUCUGUUUGUCCUGCUGCUUGCCCUGGCUCUCUGCUGGCACCCAGCUCUCACCCCGCUCCAGGGGUUGGGAGGGCUCUGCGGAGGCCCCUGGGUUUUUGGCAGCUCCUGAGGAUGCUGCGAGCCAGCUCAGCGCGGGGCUGCAGCUGCCCCAAGGCGAGGCACCGGCCCAUGCCCUCCUGCCCCCCUUGCUGAAGGUGCUGCAAGACCGCGGUCCCCGGGGCUGGCACAGCGAGGCGCCGCGGCUGCAGCCGGACUCCAGGGCCCUUCGGUACAUGAAGAGGCUGUACAGGAUGUCAGCCACCAGGGACGGCAUCCCCAAGGCGCAGCGAGGCCGCCUCUAUAACACGGUGCGGCUCCUGACCCCGUGCUGGGAGUGCGAGCGCCGCCCCGCGCACCUGGGCAAAGGAGAUGUUCACUCGGUGGAUUUACUCUUCAACUUGGAUGGUGUUACUGCUCUGGAGCACUUACUCAAAUCUGUCUUGCUCUAUUCCUUUGACACAUCUGUUCCCAUUUCCUCUUCCAUUACCUGCAUGUGCCAUUUAUCCCUUAAGGAACAUGAUUUUUCUAGCCAAGUCUGUCCCAGCAUUUCCCACUCUCUAGCUUUUAGCCUGCACUUUGAUGUUAGGAAACGCAAAUGGGUGGAGAUGGAUGUGACUUCUUUCCUCCAGCCUCUGAUUGCUAUGAACAGGAGGAACGUCCAUAUGGCUCUGAACUUCACUUGUCUGAUGGGUGACCCACAAGGGAGCACGAAACUGGAUAACGCUGUUAAUGUGACACUGGUUCCCCCUUCCCUUCUGCUGUACCUGAAUGACACCAGCGAGCAAGCUUAUCACCGGGGGAGCUCACUGGGGCACGGGAGGAAAAGCAGCAGCCCGCUUGUGGAUCCAACAAAGGGCGACAGAGGACAAGGCAAUCCCCAGGGCAAAAGGGCCUCUCGCCAGCGAAGGAACGAGAAUCCCAAAGCGGCUCCGGCCACCUCAGCUCGUAACCUGAGCGAACACCUGAAGCAGCUCGUGUUCCCUCAGCACGAGUGCGAGCUGCACAGCUUCCGCCUGAGCUUCAGCCAGCUGCGCUGGGACCGCUGGAUCAUCGCCCCGCACCGCUACAGCCCGCAGUUCUGCCGGGGGGACUGUCCCCGCGCCCUGGGCCACCGCUACGGCUCCCCGGUGCACACCAUGGUGCAGACCCUCAUCUACGAGCGGCUGGACCCCUCGGUGCCCCGGCCCUCGUGCGUGCCGGCCGCCUACAGCCCGCUCAGCGUGCUGACCAUCGAGCCCGACGGCUCCAUCGUCUACAAGGAGUACGAGGACAUGAUCGCCACCAAGUGCACCUGCCGCUAG